UUUACCCGGAAAUGACAGUCGUUCCUAACAACUGUUGUGGAAAUCUGUAGUUUACCUAUUACGGACCGUUUAAAAUACAGUGCAAUCAUAAAUUACCCGUAUAUGCUGAAUGUAAUCUAUUGAUUCGUUAUGUACAGCGGACUCCUGCCCAGUGGUUUAACCGAAGACGACCUCAGUCCAGAUGACGAGGAGGACAAGCCGGGUGAUUUAGAAGACGAGAAGAGGCAAUUUGAAAAGGGCUCUGCUAAAAACACAUGCUCGCUGGAGGAGUCACAACCGACUCACACUGCAGACAGUGACUCUCCGACAUGCAGUAUGCCUGGCAUAUCCCAGGAAAUGUGGCAAAAAUUCCAGGAUCUGCGGAGGAAGAAAGAUGAUAUAAGGAUAUUAAAGGUCACAGAAGACAGAAGAAAAAGGAAAAGAAGAAAGCGAAAGAAAGGAGCAGAAAGUGGGGAACCUGCAGAAACAAGCAGAGAGCGUCAAGAGGAGCUGGAGAAGCACUGGGAUGGGCUUAAGCAGUAUUUUGGUGUAAAUGAUCGAUUUCAUCCCCCUGCAUGUUCCAAACCCCCUCCGAAGUCCGGCCUAGAAAAGAGCAUAGAGAGGGCCAUAGCUGAAGGGGACAUUGCAAAGGCGGAGGAGAUGAGCGACAGACUCGCCACUCGAGAGAUGGCCGUGAAAAUCGCUCAAGCUGCUGAUUGCCGUGACUUUGUGCAAGGCAAACAGGAAGAGGAAGCUUUGAGGGCAGCGCAGAAAAGGAAGAAGCAAAUAGCCUGGGGCUUUGAGGCGAAAAGGCGGUGGGAAACCAAAAGCAACAUGGGCUACAUGUGACAAACACGGAGGAAAAAGAACAAGACUUUAUAUAUAUAUAUAUAUAUAUAUAUAUAUAUAUAUAUAUAUAUAUAUAUAUAUAUAUGUGUGUAGCAGACUGAUCAUGUUUCUUCUUAUACUUUUUGUAUAUUUUGAAGAUUUUACAGCAGCAGCAUGGGAGAGGAGAAAAGUCAGCAGUUGGCUGAGAGGAAAAAAAAACCCAAUCCAAAGAGUAAAAAGGAGGAAAAAAAUGAUGAAGCAUUCAAAUUAAUUCCUAAGGCACCCACUGGUGUCUGCAUUGUGUUAUUUUUCAUUACAUUUUAGUGAUUUGAGCGUUCUGCCCCCCCCCCAAAUUAAAUCUGGUGUACAUUACUGGAUGACGCGUUUAUUUAUUGCUGUAAAGUGGGUUAAUCAUGAAGGCGCUCUUUUCUUCUUCUGGGGAAGAGAAAGGAAAGAUUAGAGCUCUAAUGCAAUGUACAGGAUAAUGUGCGAUAGGAUUUGGGAGUAGAAAAUGAAAUUUGGCUGCUGUAAACUGUUGUGAGCAGUCGUAAACUGGAAGUUCGAAACAGAGGCUUUGCUGCUGGCCCUCGCCCAUGCUGGGAGACUCGCUAUUGUUUCGGAGCCUGAACAAGAGGCGCACGCUGUUUCUCGAAGCCUACACUCGCUGCUCAUUGUGUGAUGAGCUCUCUUCAGCAUCUGUAAACUCGUCUAAAAACCGUUCCUCUCCCUCUUACUUUGAUCUUUUUUCUUCUUCUUCUUCUUUUUUUUUUGAUCUGCAGCACUUGCCUCCGCAGCUACUCAACACUUCUGAAAUGCUCAUUCAGAUUCCAGGAAGUGUUAAUUGCAACCAGCAAGCACAAUAAAAAGCCGAAGAAAGAUAA